AUGCUGACUGCGGCUGUUUGUGCUGGAGCAGGUGGUUUUGCGUGGUAUUCCAAUAGAGCGAAGUCAUCAAAAACGAUCGCGAUCGACGAUCACUGCAACCAGUCGUCGUCUCGACUCAACAAGGGUUCGAUUCGUACAGAUCUCGAGCCGAUUCGACAAAUUUUCGAGGACAUUCUCAAAAACGAACAACAAGGUCUUGCGUUGGCUGUCUACCACAAUGACGAGUUGGUCGUGGAUUUGUAUGGUGGUUAUGCGGACAGGUAG